AUGAAACGGUGGUGGCUAUUCCUUUUGCUUUGCUCGACAUUAAUUCCGCCACAUCUUUGUCGCCGAGGUGGUGGUGGAGGCUUCGGAAGAGGUUCUUCGGGAAGUCGAAUGGGUGGAGGACUUAGUAAAAGCAGUGGUCGAACGUCCGGUGGAUUUGGCAGCAGUGGAGGUCAUUCAAGUCAUAGUGGCGCCGGAUUGUUUUCAGGGUCAUCGGCUUCACAAAAUCCAUUUGCGAGGAACCUAGGGCACAAGAACACAGGCGGACAUCAAACAAGCUCUGGGGGAACUGGUUUCAUCGGCACAAACAAUAUGGGACGCAAACCUCAAGGCACUGGAUUCAACAGGGGUGAUAGAUGGAAUGCUGGUGACCACUAUCGUGGUGGUCAUCGUGGAAACUUUCAGACAUCAAGAUACACGAGUUCGGGUACGGGUUCAUUCUUGCGAUCGAAUCAAUUCAAGAAUAUGAUUGUCGGAGCAGCAGCUGGAUAUUUGACCUAUCAAGCCGGAAAGCACAUUAUUCGAAGCAUGGCCGCUCCAAUGAUGUGGCAUAGUCGCCCAUAUUAUUGGGGUCAAUCUUAUUAUCAACCCCAUCGUGGCUACACUCAAAUGUGUCGAAUGCCGAUUCAACCAAAUGAUCCCCAAUUUGGAAAUAUCUACUUGCAAGAUCAAGUGAGCCGUCCACACGAGCUCGUUUGGGGCUGUGGAGCGUACGAGGUGUGUUGUGGGAUGGAAUGUUGUCAUUCUGGAGCAUCACCUCAACAAUCUCCUUUCACCAUCGGGCGCCUCGACUAUAUUGGUCACAGAAAUUGG